UAAAAAAUGUACCAAUGAAUAUAAUGAAUAUACUUACUACGUAUCAGAAAUACAUAUUUAUUGACGAUAAAUUAGAGCUAAUCCAUUUAUUAUCCGAAUUUACCAAAAAGUGUUGAUGAUUUUCAUCAGGCGUUCAGCUCGGGACUCGGGUUGUGUAUUCCUUCUGACAAGCAGCUAUGGGAUUAGCAAAAUAGUCCAGAGAUGUGUGUUGUCUCCUUGGUCACCUCUGAAACACAUUCUCCAUUUUACCCUUUGUUAUUGUUCCGUACGAGCGCUGAUUCGCAUUACACGGUCUCACGGAAGAAUGUUAACUUUGAGUAGAACUGGAAAACGAACUUGCCACCCGAGCUAACUCUGAGCUAGCCCGUUAGCAGGCUCGGCUCGACGACAUAAUAGGCUGCUGUGCCUCUGGGAACACAGUGUGCUCGUCGUGUCAGAUAAACUCAGCGCCAAUCGAGGUGAUUUUCAGGCAAUACCGUUGGUUUACUUUGUCUUUCACGAUUGCGUUUGUAGUGUAAUCAUCUGCUCUGGACUCGGGAUGGAGUGUCACUAGCUUACUUAGCCAGUCCCCGGUGUCUUCGCAGCGGUAGCAGAGCACUGCUCUCAUUGCGCUGGCUAUAAAUACACUUCUUGUGCGCCUCCAAAAGUGGUGGGCUUGUCACAUUGGACUUGUCUUUCUCUUUUCUGGUCACCUUGCUAAGAGUUUGGCACUCUACAUGGUCACCACAGUGAGUUUAAGACGACUGGAAGAGCGAGUGGGACCCCGAGGUUGUGAACCCCGCUGGCCUGAUUUAACGUUGCACAGUACCGGCUGCUGGGCUUCAGGUCUCCGAGUGAACGAAACUUUGCUUUGGCUGAUCGGUAGCCGAAUAUCAUUUUGCCUCAAUGGCCCUGUCCUGUAAUUUAGUGGUGUUAUAACAAGCCUUGGUCCUACCUUGGCGUUGUAAGACCUAAACUUUGUGAAGGUCAGAGGAACAACGCUUUGUGUCUACUGUCAACUGAUUCAUCUGUCCAGAGAACAGCGGCACCAUGUCGGAGGAUAACAACGCAGACAAGUUCAUCAAGAUGACAUCCAUUCUAGAUGAGUACGACAUAAACUGGACACAGAAGUUGGGAGCCGGCAUCAGUGGACCAGUCAGAGUUUGUGUGAAGAAGUCAUCUCAGGAACGCCUCGCCCUGAAGAUCCUCAUUGAUCGCCCCAAGGCCAGGAAUGAGGUGCGUCUCCAUAUGAUGUGUGCCAACCACCCGAACAUAGUGCAAAUCCUGGAGGUGUACGCCAAUAGUGUCGAGUUUCCACACGAGUCCAGCUCAAGAGCGAGGCUCCUGAUUGUUAUGGAGAUGAUGGAGGGUGGUGAGCUGUUCCACAGAAUCAGUCAGCACAGGCACUUUACCGAAAAGAUGGCCAGCCAGGUCACUAAACAGAUCAGUCAAGCCUUGGAACAUUGUCACUCCCUAAAUAUUGCACAUCGCGACCUGAAGCCAGAGAACCUGCUUUUUAAGGAUAACUCUCUGGAUGCACCUGUGAAGUUGUGUGACUUUGGCUUUGCCAAAAUUGAUCAAGGAGACUUGAUGACCCCUCAGUUCACUCCCUACUAUGUAGCACCUCAGGUUCUUGAGGCUCAAAGAAGACACCAGAAGGAAAAGUCUGGAAUUAUACCUACCUCACCCACUCCUUACACCUAUAACAAGAGCUGUGACUUGUGGUCUCUCGGUGUGAUCAUCUACGUGAUGCUCUGUGGCUAUCCUCCGUUCUACUCCAAGCACCACAGUCGCACCAUCCCAAAGGACAUGAGGAAGAAGAUCAUGACGGGAAGCUUUGACUUCCCUGAAGACGAGUGGAGCCAGAUCUCUGAGAUGGCCAAGGAUAUCGUACGCAAGCUGCUGAAGGUGAAGCCAGAGGAGAGGCUCACUAUUGAGGGAGUCUUGGAUCACCCUUGGCUCAACUGCACAGAGGCCCUCGACAACGUGCUGCCCUCCGCCCAGAUGAUGAUGGACAAGGCUGUAGUGGCAGGUAUCCAGCAGGCCCAUGCAGAGCAGCUGGCCAACAUGAGAAUUCAGGAUCUGAACGUCAGCCUGAAGCCUCUAAACUCUGUCAACAACCCAAUCCUCAGGAAGAGGAAACUACUAGGCCCCAAGCCCAGUGACGGUUUCUUCAUUCAUGACCCAGAGAACGGAGGGGAAGACUCGAACGUAGCGCUGGAAAAAUUACGAGACGUCAUUGCACAGUGUAUACUACCACAAGCUGGAGAGAACGAGGAUGAGAAGCUGAAUGAGGUGAUGUAUGACGCCUGGAGGUUCAACAGAGACUGUAAACAGCUGAGAGACGGCCUGCAGGGGCUCAGCUGGGACGGACGAUCCUUCUCCGAUAAAGUCGACCGCUUGAAGUUGGCUGAAAUAGUGAAACAGGCCAUCGAAGAGAAGACGAAUCUGGAAGAAUCUCAUUAGCAAACGCUGUCUUUCUAUCUUCUUUUUAUAUUGUUUAUUAUUACUCUUUUUAACCCAUAUCUGUAAAGAAGCUUUUUUAUGUAAAAUGAUGCGCAGAUUUUUGUUUUUUUCAUGAAUUCACUUGCAAGACCUAUUGUACAGCUGUAGAUAUAUUUCAAAGAGGACUCAUUGGUACUAUAAUUAUUUUAUUUUUUUAAUGGACACUUGCAAAUAACAUUGAAAGAAACAACAACUAUAUUUUCAUUUUUGCAAAAAACAAAAAAGAAGAGAAAAAUCAGAUUAAGAAAUUAUUUUCUGGGAGGGAAUCAGCUGCUUUUCCAAGGCGUCGCACGUUUUAUCCCAGUUAUUUCAUUUUAUUCUGUUUUUCUUUUAAUCAUCCUAAGGAUUUUAUUUAUUUAAACAAAGAGUUCCAUUAUUUUAUACCUUAAUUGUAGCCUGGCAGUGGGCUCUAAAGUCAAAAGAAGCUGUCUACGAUGUGACUUUGUUCUUCCACACACACGCUGAUUCUCAGACUGCGUUUAAAUUAUAUGAAUAUUUGUUAUUGUGUUACUUUCCCCUGACGUUUUGUUGUGUAGAGGUCACAGAGUGGAAAUGGAGGUUAAAGAAAGUGUCAUGAAAUAGACGAAUGCAGCCCCAAAUUCCUUUUGUCACAACCGCCUUUUUUGUGAAGCUGGUAAGAAUGGCACCUAAAAGAUAGACUGAAUAGGAACACUGUAACUCAUUUAGACAAAAGACAAAUCUUAAUCUAAGGUAGUUGUUUUUUAAGCUUUUAAUUGUCUCGCUGCCUUAUUUAGAAGAUGCAGUUUUUCCAGAUAUGGUUGAAAGCUCCAGUUGAGUUAAGACUUUAAUGUCAAACUGUUUCCAAGGUCAUGAAUGAACUUUAAGACUCAACUAAAUCACAUGAAGUGACGAUACUGCUUGUCAGCUCCUGAAGUUUGUGUCUGGCAAGUAAAAUGAUGUGAAUUGUUUUAUAUAAAGACUUUUUUUAUACGUCUUCCCAUUUCUGAUGUGAUUCUGAAAGGUCUUAAAUUCAGUCUGCAGUUAAAGUUGUUGAUCUGUGAAACUGACGUAACCUGAGCCGCUUUGACGCAAAGUUGUAUCUACUGGAAUUUAGACGCGAGUCGGUUAAUAUUUAAGUCCUUUUUAAAGCAAGAGUGUUUGCUACUUGAGCCAACAGAAACACAAAAACACCGGGCAUUUUUGGUGCAAUGUAGUCGACGUCUUUAUGCGAGUAAAGAUCAGUAGAAGGGUUUCAGCAUCUGUUUCAGUCUCACACAACCUGCUGUGCUACUGAAUGUGAAAUAGUGCAAUAAUUUAGUCAUGUAUUCAUAGUGCAUGUACAUGGUAGUGAGAUAUGAUAUCAAUCUGUCAGUAUUACUGUCUUCAUUUCAAAGGGCUGAAUACCAGCAAAUGCUCUCUGCCUUUGCUCAUCCUUUUAGUUGUAAGUCAUAUUUCAUUGAUCGAUAGCCAGAGGGAAAUAUCGGCUUCACUGUUUUGCUCUCGUCGUAUCUGAUAUUGAUUCUUCGAUGAGGGGUAGAAGGAAGGGAUUCGUGUCCAGGUGUUUGAACGAGGCCGUGUUGAGUCAACAGAACAGGCCUCUGAUGGCUGAAAGUGCAAGUACUCGUCUUCAGUGCCUGAUUAUUUCUUCAAUUAUGUUUUCUGUUUGUUUUGAAAAUCCUCUAAGGUUUACGAAACUCCCCUUUUGAUGAGGUCUUCUGAAUAAUUAGCAAACAUUACUGCAAUAUAUUAUUGAAAACCUUUUUCCCCCCUAGAUAAACUGAAGGAUCAGGUGUUCCUUUAUGGGUGAAGAAGAUUCUCCUACUUAUGCUAAAUAAACCAUUUUCUGGAUUAUCUGUAAAAUGCAUUGUUACAAAGCUAAUGUUUCUUUAGCUUGUGAAUAAAUGGACAUUUCGGAGACACAGGA